AUGGGGAAGAUGAAGACAUCAUCUGUACAUCCAAAUGUCCUGGAUUUUCUCAAACACGAACUGGACCAACUGCAAGACCUGAAAGCAAGCUGUCGCCAGGUCGUAGUGACGCGCCUUCACCAGGACAUGGCGCUGCGCUACGUGAAGACUCUGCUGAAGACCAGGGGGAGGAGUCUGGAAGGGGGUGGGGCCAGAUGUAUGAAGGACCACGCCCUCAAACUGCACCAGUUCUUCACCGCACAGGGCGGGGCUUGUGCUUGGACUCAGCGGAUCUUGGACCAGGUCUCUGAGAUCCUCAGACUCCAGGAUCCAGACCUGGUCCAGCUGGAACUGGUCUCUCUGAUCCAGACCUGCCCGGACUUCAGCGCAGCGCACGUGUCUCAGAUCCUCUUCCUGAAAAGCGACCUAUCAGCCACCUCCGUUCGAAAGAUCAAACGGAGCGUGGAAGAGAACCGCCCCUCUUCUUCCACCAAUCAGUGCGCAGCGUUCUUCUCUAGAAUCAAAGUCCAGAUUCUCCACAACAAAGUGAAGCUGAAGUUUCGCUGA